UACAGGAGGAGGGGGGCCCACAUUCGUUUUUCCUUAAAUAUUCUUCCCACGCGCGUUCUCUUUGUUUUCUUCUCUUCACCCGCUACCGCUAGUCAGUCAAACAGCAAAAAGGGUUUGAUUUCAUCAAGUCCUUAGAAGAUGGCUGAAGGUGAGGACAUUCAACCACUCGUUGUUGACAAUGGAACUGGAAUGGUUAAGGCUGGCUUUGCUGGAGACGAUGCUCCAAGGGCUGUAUUUCCAAGUAUAGUUGGUCGUCCUAGACACCAAGGAGUAAUGGUUGGGAUGGGGCAAAAAGAUGCCUAUGUUGGUGAUGAAGCUCAGUCUAAAAGAGGUAUUCUGACUUUGAAAUAUCCGAUUGAACAUGGUAUCGUCAGCAACUGGGAUGACAUGGAGAAAAUUUGGCAUCAUACAUUUUACAACGAGCUUCGUGUUGCUCCCGAGGAGCAUCCUGUUCUUCUUACUGAGGCACCACUUAACCCCAAGGCAAACCGAGAGAAAAUGACCCAGAUCAUGUUUGAGACCUUCAAUGUGCCUGCCAUGUAUGUUGCAAUCCAAGCCGUUCUUUCUCUGUAUGCUAGUGGUCGUACUACUGGUAUUGUGCUUGAUUCUGGUGAUGGUGUGAGCCACACUGUCCCCAUCUAUGAGGGAUAUGCACUUCCCCAUGCCAUCUUGCGGUUAGAUCUUGCCGGUCGUGAUCUUACUGAUUAUCUCAUGAAGAUUCUCACUGAGAGAGGCUAUAUGUUUACCACAUCUGCUGAACGGGAAAUUGUUCGUGAUGUGAAGGAGAAGCUUGCCUAUGUUGCAUUGGAUUUUGAACAGGAGCUUGAGACAGCAAAGAGUAGCUCAUCAGUUGAGAAGAGCUAUGAGCUUCCUGAUGGACAAGUCAUCACAAUCGGUGCUGAGAGGUUCCGUUGCCCUGAGGUUCUCUUCCAGCCAUCAUUUAUUGGAAUGGAAGCAGCAGGAAUUCAUGAAACAACCUAUAACUCAAUCAUGAAAUGUGAUGUGGACAUUAGGAAGGAUUUAUACGGAAAUAUUGUACUCAGUGGUGGCUCAACUAUGUUCCCUGGUAUAGCAGAUCGAAUGAGCAAAGAAAUUACUGCUCUUGCUCCAAGCAGCAUGAAGAUCAAGGUGGUUGCACCACCCGAGAGGAAGUAUAGUGUCUGGAUUGGAGGGUCAAUUCUAGCUUCUCUCAGUACUUUCCAACAAAUGUGGAUUUCAAAGGCCGAGUACGAUGAAUCUGGUCCUGCAAUUGUUCACAGGAAAUGCUUCUAAGGUUGGUCGGAUCUUGAGUCCUUUAUUUUUUUAAUAAUAAAUCUGUUUCUUUCUUCUUC